CCUCUUUGGAUCAAAUGAAAGGACAGCGGCACAGAGUGGGUCUCAGAGCAGGGACACACACUCGGCUGGGAGCUACAACACUAACACACACACACAUGCACAUAUACACAAAAACACACAGCUGUAGAUAUGAUGCCUGUUGCUUUCUUCGUCCUGAUCUUCCUCACAGGUGAGGCGUCCUCUGAGAAAGUGUGCAGUUACCAGGACGUACUGGACUACCUGAACCUGACCACAGAGAACAGCCUGUUUAAACUGACCCGGCCCGUACUGGACUACACACACCCCACCGUAGUAGAGCUGGACAUCAUCCUCUACGCCAUUCUGGCUGUGAUUGAAAAAACACAGACUUUCAUUCCUUUUGUCUGGGCAACGAUGAUGUGGAACAAUGAACACAUCUCAUGGGACCCCGCUCAGUUUUGUGGAAUCACUCAGGUUUCAGUUCCUAGAGACAUGCUCUGGAGGCCGGACCUCUUCAUCUAUGAGAUGAUACAGAAAGACGAGUCCCCUCAGAAUCCCUACAUGCACGUGUCCUACAAUGGGAUGGUCACUUCUGAAGAGGACGUGAAGGUGGUCAGCACCUGUAAAAUGGACGUCCACAAGUUCCCCUUCGACACACAGAGAUGCAACAUCUCCAUUGGUUCUGCGAUACACUGUGCUGAUGAGAUUCGGCUCCUUCCUUCCUCCAACUCGUCUCGGGCCACUCAGUUUUCCAGAGAGGUGAUGAAGACUCAGGGAGAGUGGGAGUUCCUCCAACUGUCUGUCAACAACCACAAUUUCACCUACGACAACAGAGAGUGGGAACAGCUUAUAUACACUUUCACCAUGAGGCGGAGGCCCCUCCUACAUGUCAUCAACUUCCUGUUGCCCAUCCUGUUCUUCUUGAGUCUGGAUCUCGCCUCCUUUUUCAUCUCAGACCACCGAGGAGAGAAGUUGGGCUUCAAGGUCACGGUGCUGCUGGCCAUCUCCGUCCUGCUGCUCAUCCUGAACGACAUCCUGCCCUCCAUGUCCAACAAGACUCCACUCAUAGCGACCUACUGCAUUGUGAUUUUUGCUCUGAUGCUACUCAGUCUGCUGGAGACCAUCUUGGUUACGUAUCUGAUGGAAGUAGAUUCAGCUUCCCAGGAGAAGCUCAGGCUGAAGGACGACACGGAGGCCAAACAGGAAAACAUCAAAAGCGAUAAGUGUAACGCAGGGGAGAAAAGACAGACCUGCUGUUCAUGCAUCAGCAAAGUGUCUGACGCUGAGAAACGGCAUGAAAUGCUGCCACUGGCUGAAGAGGUUAACAAAUGCGUUCAUUCAGGAGAGUUUCAUGUGUUGCUGCUGAUUCUGGAGGAGAUGAAGGAGCUGCAGGAAACUCUGAAUCUGCAUCUGAGCUCCAAAGAAGAGGGAGGGAAGUCCAACCACUGGGCCACAAGAAUCAACAGAGGCUUCUUCGUUUUCUACGUCACCACCGUGUCACUGUUUCUAUCCCUCAUCUUCAAUGAAUGGAACAGUUAGAGAUUUAACACCUACCUACCUAGUACUUUAAUACCUUGUCGUACCUCCGUUUCUAUAUUGCAAGCCCUCUGUGUGAAAAUAUGAUUUGUUGAUGUAUUUGAUGGAGUCAACCAGUUCUCUGUGUCCGUUUCUUUUCCACUUUGACGCAUGCUGUAAAGAUUUCUCUGUAGAAUCCGUCACGUCGUUCUUGUAAAGUGCAUUAGUCUUGAAAUCUUUGACAGCAAAUGUGAAUUUAUGAUCAACUUGUAGGCUAAAAUAAAUGAGUAAUAAGACUUCAAAAAUGUUUUUGUUUACAUGCUUACCUUCCACUGAUGAUUUGUAAAAAACAGGAUUUAAAAAGUCUUCAUCAUAGACGAAGCCACAGAUCCAUCUAUUGACGAUAGAUUUGGUUGUACGCCUCCGCCUACCUGCCAAGUUGUAGGAAAUAUGGUCACAAUCAAAGUGUUUUUGCAGAACAUUAUGAUGUCACAGUGAAGUUAACAUUUGACCGUUUGGAUAUAAAAUGUCAUUACCUCAUCCUUUUAUCCUAUUAGAAAUUUGAAUUAAAUCAUAAUUAGCAUAUGAAUUUGUGUGUUAUGACCAAAAACGUGUUUUGUGAGGUCACAGUGACUUUGACCUUUGACCACCAAAAUCUAAUCUGUUCAUCCUUGAGUCCAAGUGAAUGUUUGUGGCAAAUUUGAAGAAACUCCCUCAAAGAGUUAGUGAGAUAUCGUGUUCACGAGAAUGCGACGUACAUGCGGACAACCCAAAAACAUAAUGCCUCUGGCCCUGACUGUCGCCGGCGCAGAGGCAUAAAAACAGUUGAUGGAGUUGUAUAAACGAAGGUGCAGCUGUGUCCAGUGGUUUAUGUUGCAGGAGAUUAAUAGUUACCCCAAGAUGCAUCAUAAUGUGAUCUUGACUGCCUCCUAAAAUCUGUGCAACGUGACAAGAAUGGGGACAAGCCGAAUCUAAUGUAAUCCAAUCAGAACAAUCAGCUGCAACAGAGAGAAAGAGAAAAAUGUAUUGCUUCCAGUUCAAAUCCUUCACUUUGACAACAUUGUUAAACAGACACACACACACACACACACACACACACACACACACACACACACACACACACA